CUGCCUGGCCGCGCUCCUGCUCGCCGUGCGGUUUUUCUUCUUCUCCUUCGCCCUCUCAGCGGCGGACACAGCGCGGCUCCUCACGGAGCGAAGUUACACCGGGAACCGGCAGCGAGACGUCUUCUAAAAAUGCCCAACGGCGACAGAUAGCUUCACCAAAUGGUGGAAAACAUCGAUGUGUACUGAAGAGCUUCACGGAACAAGCGUUGGCGGGGGUUUUUCCUCUCUCUUUUUCGGAUUUCGUCACUUGCACAGACGCUGGUGAGUGAACACCAUUUUUGUUUUUUUGGGACGUUUUCUGAUGUAUUUGCGACGCGCGUUGGCCUCCCACAGACGCACAAAUAGGAAUGAUGGAUGGGAGACGUAGCUGGCGGCAGCGUGCAGCGGGCCGGGGGCCUGCUCUGGGACAUCAGGGCUGAGGACCCGCAGAGGUCCGAGGACGCUUUCCAACCUCCUGGUCUCUUCUCGCAGUUGUCCCCAUCAUCUGGGCUGUCGGCGUGCUACUCAAUCUUGAACUGAAGCUUUAACCGGUAGCUGCCUUCACAUCUGAUUGAGGGAGCGUGGGCGGGCCUUAAACUGCUUAAUGUGCGCCUCAAUCUGAGCCAUGAGGAACACCAGAUCGAGCCUGCUGCUGGGCUGCAUGCUCCUCUGCUCCGCCUCCCUGAUCUACCUGGGCAUGAGCGGCGUAGACUGCCCUCCGAAAAGCCAUCGGUACCGGUGGAUGGAGCUCAACAUGGGCUCGGCCAAUCAGAGCUCAUCCCUCAAUGAGCAUUUCCCCGAAGACACGCCCCUCAUCUUCAUCGGAGGCUUCCCGCGGAGCGGCACCACGCUGAUGCGCGUCAUGCUGGAUGCCCACAACGCAGUCCGGUGCGGGGAAGAAACCCGAGUGAUUCCCCGCCUCCUGGCCAUGCGGGCCACCUGGAGCCGCUCGGUGAAGGAGAGGAUCCGGCUGGACGAGGCCGGCGUCACCGACCAGGUGUUGGACUCGGCCGUGCGAGCGUUCCUGUUGGAGGUGAUAGUCGGCCACGGGGAGCCGGCGCCUCGCCUUUGCAACAAGGACCCGUUUGCCUUGAAGUCUCUCUCGUACCUGUCACGCAUCUUCCCCAAAGCCAAAUUUGUGCUCAUGCUGCGUGACGGACGGGCGACCGUCCACUCCAUGAUAUCCCGCAAGGUGACCAUCUCCGGCUUUGACCUGACCAGCUACAGGGACUGUCUGACCAAGUGGAGCAGCGCGGUGGAGACCAUGUUCAGCCAGUGUCAGGCCGCCGGGGAGUCCACGUGUCUGCCUGUCCGCUACGAGCAGCUCGUGCUGCACACCGAGGGGGAAAUGAGGAAGUUGCUUCACUUCCUGGAGCUGCAGUGGGACCCGUCGGUGCUGCACCACGAAGAGUUGAUCGGAAAGGCAGGUGGUGUGUCUCUGUCCAAGGUCGAGCGCUCCACGGACCAGGUGAUGAAGCCGGUGAACACGGACGCCCUCUCCAAGUGGGUCGGUCACAUUCCCGCCGACGUGAUCAGCGACAUGGCUGAAAUCGCCCCCAUGCUGGCUCGCCUGGGCUACAACCCCCACGCCAAUCCGCCCGACUACACCAAACCGGAGCCUGUGUUGUCUCCGUUCAACUACUCACAGAAUUUGAAAUCAGCAGAUCCUCCACACCCCAGUUGAACGAAAGAGGACAUUUCGGCUUUGGUGCUCCACGAUAUUGAUGCACCUCAAAGACAAACUUCCAGUUCAGCACUAAUUGCUUCUCACAGAAAAACAUUGUCCCUGUCCCAUGUGUAUUCAGGGAUUGUUUGUAAGACCAAAGUGCGGUGUUGGUGUCUGAACAUUGUAGAGAGACUCAUCAAGUGGUUUGGUUUUCUUGUCUCAUGUCGACUACCUGCUCGAGAUGUUUUCUCCAGCGUAUCCUCCGAGGUGAACCGACAGUGUGACACCGCACUUUGCUGCUUCCUCUCCCCUCGUACCUCAAAGUAUUUCUAUAUGUUUGUAAAGUUGUAUGAUUCAGCACAAAUGUGACUUUGAACUAAUGUUUCACUUACUGAGAGUUCAGUCAGCGAUCAAGAAGCAUAUUGACUGUAUAUUUUUAAAGGCGUAUUUUUAUUUUCAAAAUAAAUUAUUUGAGUGUCGACCA